CGAGAGAUUUUUUUCCCUUUUUUGUUUUUUCCUGACUUUGAGCCGUCUUUGGGACUUUUUGUUUUUAUUUUUAAUGCAUUUUUCCUGGCUGGUGUUUCCCGAGACUGUGUUGGCUUUAGUGGCGUACAUUUUGUGAUGGCAGCAUAAACUGCGCAGAAACUAGUUUGAAGUAGCUUUCACAGCGAUAUAUUUUUUUCUUUUUGCUUUUGUUUUUCGAAUAAGACACUUUAAAAACUCGAAAGAUUUUUCAGGGAAGCUGUGUUACCUUGUUGUUUAUCUGAGUGUGGUCGCGUUUUCAUGGAGAGAAAUAUGGAAGAAUGUGCCAGGAUUUUGUGGACAGUGUUCAAAACGGGUCGCCCCUUUUUCUGGAAAUAUGUUUUUACAUUUUGUUUUUGAUUCUCGUUCCCCCCCCCAACUUGAAACUUGAUAUGCAGUCGUUGACAUUGGGUCGUCUUUUUAUAUUUUCUCUGUGAUUUUGGCAGUGCUGAGGCAGUAUGUUUUCUGCAGCAGAUCUCAGGAGUGAUGUCAUUUUUCAGUUUUUGAAGCCACUUUUUUCAGCGGCGACAAAUCUUUCUCGACGACCCUCUUCUCUCCAACAGACACAGACAGGCAGGCAGACCUCCACCGAGCCGAGUACAGACACAAUGGAUUGGUCGUCGUCCUCCUCCUCCAGCCUGAUGGCCAGCAGCAACGUGACCAACAAGACCGACCCCCGAUCCCUCAACUCCCGUGUCUUCAUCGGCAACCUCAACACCCUGCUGGUCACCAAGGCCGACGUGGAGGCCAUCUUCUCCAAGUAUGGCAAGAUCGUCGGCUGCUCUGUCCACAAGGGCUACGCCUUCGUCCAGUACGUCAACGAGAGGAACGCCAGAGCCGCCGUGUCCGGGGAGGACGGCCGCAUGAUCGUGGGACAGGUGUUAGAUAUCAACCUGGCAGGUGAGCCGAAGCCUCACAGAUCGAAGACAGUGAAGCGAUCUGCAGGAGACAUGUACAGCUCAUCCUUUGAUUUGGACUACGACUUUCAAAGAGAUUACUAUGACAGAAUGUACUCCUACCAGUCCCGGGUGCCUCCUCCACCUCCGCCGCUGUCCCGAGCCGUCAUCCCCUCGAAGCGUCCCAGGGUGAGUCUGAGCGGCGGAGGGAGCCGACGAACCAAGACCAGCUUCUCCUCCACCUCCAAGAGCAGCCAGAGGACUUCGCGUACCAUGAAGACAGACGAUCUCCAGACCAUCAAGAGAGAGCUGACGCAGAUCAAACACAAGGUGGACUACCUGCUGGAGAGCUUAGAGCGCAUGGAGAAGGACCACACCAAGAAGUCAGAGAUGAAAGGCUCCAAACCAGAGCCUGGUGAAGUGUCUCCCCUCCACUCAUCCACUUCCAGCAAAAAGGAGGAUGGCUCAAAGAGGGACAGAGAGAGCCAGGACCUGAAUGACUCUGAAGAGGAGGGAGAUCUGCUGGAGGAUGAAGAUGAGAUGAAGAGCAGAGGCAGAGAGGAGGAUGAGGAGGAAGGCGAGCAGGAGGAAGGAGAAGAUGACGGUGAAAGCGCCAACGGAGAGGAGUCCUGAAUGAGACCCAGGCAGACAGACACACACUUACACGAAACCAGAUUGUGUAUGAUAGUUUCUCCACAACCAGACUUGUACACAGCGGUCAUGUUCUCAUAUCUGCUGAUCUGACUGGACAAUGACAGAACAUACAGUGUAUUGUAGAUAAUGCUCUUCUCAUACACGAGUUAUGUGUGAAGUACUCAUUUCUGAAUUUUCCUUUCAAGUUGGUAAUUUGAAUAUUCCAUGCUUUUUUUAUUUGACUUUUUAUAUAGACUUUAUCUGCAACUGGGUAUAAUAGGUCAAAAUUCUGUUAAGGAAACAUAAUAUAUUGUACGUUUGAACUAUAAUUUAAAACAUGGAACAGAGAAAGUAAAAGCCAAGCCCCUUUGACUUAAGUGUUUUUAGAUGAUGUGAUGCCAAAACUAAUUGACAAAUUAUCUAGCAGCGGCUGAUAUUUAAGCAAAACCGCAUUAAAAAUAUGAUCAAGUGCAGUAAUGUGAAUUUAAAGCUACUCUUAAGACACUAAAACUGCACACGAUGCUUCAGCACAGGCAUGAAAAUUUAAAAAAUGUGAACUUCUAUUCCUGAUCCGCCUGCUGCACUGCUCCCUUCCAACCAGCAGGUGUCAGUGUGUCCCAACAACAGGACACACAAAGAACACAAGGACCUAUUUCUGUUGUUGGCAGAAAAUCUUUACCAUGUGCUUGCCAGAUAAGAACAUGAGCAUGCACCAAAUCUCAUGUCUGACCACGCUAAUGCUCAGAUGCUGUCCGCAUCGGUCUGAAAAUACUUUUUUUGUUCGUUGCAGAGGUGUUCCGACCUUAACCGACCUUGACUUGUGUAAUGCAGUGAAUCUCCAUGUUUGUCUGUUUCUGUUGCUGUUCUGUUUUCUCAUUCGACUACACUGGUGAAAGUAAAUAAACAUGUUUUCCAAGUUGGA